AUGUUCGGUUUAAUGAAAGCAAGAGGCGACCAUCUUGGGAUAAUGAAGUCCACUGAUACACUGAUUCCGGCCAUGGCCAUUUCAGCUGUCAUGCCAUCUUACCUUCGAUCUUUCUUCAUGCUUGUUGGGGUGUUGUUUGCCGAGACCCGCAAGGCCCUGUCUGCCUUGAAUGACCUAGCGACUGCAGCGGACUCUGCUGUUCAGAGUCAUGUUCAAGCGUCAAAUUCUGAUGACAGUGUGAUUCGACGUACUGAUAUCAUAUCUAAAGUAUUUAACAUUCAUCGCGAUCAAGGUGAGAAGCUUGAUUUCCAGAUCGAUGAUGUGAAGCUCGAGGCCUUCGGAGGAUAUUUUGCUGGGAGUGAUACAACAGCAAUUCAUCUGUCCACGGCUUUAUACUAUAUCUUGAAGAACCCGGGAGUCUACGCAGCCCUCAACAACGAGAUUGUUCAGGCCACACAGCGUGGCGAGUUGAGCUUUCCGAUAUCGUAUCACGAAGCGAGCAAACUACCUUAUUUGAGCGCGUGUGUUAAGGAGGGCGCUCGCUUGCAUCCUAGCGUGGCACUUACAAUGCCUCGAAAAGUACCAUCAAAUGGUUGCAGUAUUUCAGGGCAGUGGAUUCCCGGCGGAGUCCGUGUGGGAAUUAACCCGACUGUCGUGCACCUCGACAAAACAGUCUUUGGAGAUGAUGCGGAGGAAUACAACCCGGAUCGAUGGCUGAAGCCAGAUGCCGAUAAGAUGAAUAAAUACAUUCUUCAGUUUGGAGCUGGGUCAAGGAUGUGUAUGGGAAAGAAUAUAUCGCUGUGCGAACUUUAUAAGGUCAUUCCAGAGCUGCUUCGUUCAUAUCGCCUUGAACUAUCAAGUCCAGAGAAGGAUCUAGAGACCAGCGGGUUUUGGUUCUACAAGCCAGCGCCCAUGCACAUCCGCGUCUAUCGAAAGUAG